AUGAAAUUAAAACAAAUACCUAUUCUAAUUAGUUGUGUAUCAAUUUUCCUAGCGAAUGGCCAAACGGCUGCUGCCAUCGAAAAUAAACAUCGCGGAGUGAAUCGUCAACAUGAAAAAUACAUUGAGAGCUGUAUAAAUUUGAAUGUAGAUCCUUGUGAGAAUUUCUACGAAUAUGCUUGUGGAAAAUGGCAAGAAUAUCAGGUAUCGGAAGGUGGGGAAGAUAUUUACACGGAAAUGUUGGGUUUAGCAAGCUAUAAGGCCAAUAAGGAAUUGGCUAGGAAAUUGGAUGUUAUGGAGUUAAAUGAUAUGCCCGACUUUGUGAAGAAGUUUAAAAUCGCUUAUGACUCUUGUGUAACAUUGAAGGAUUUCGAUCUUCUGCAUUAUGUGAAAUGGCUGAGGAACAAUGAAAAUAUAACCCUUCCCGCAAUGGAUGAAUUUAACUAUGAAGAUACGCAAAAUUUUGAUUGGAUUGAAAGUUUAGCUGUACUAAGAAGAUAUGGCCUAAAUCGUAUAUUGAUCCAGGAAAACAUGAUAGUCACAAAUAAUGACACUAAAAAAAUGAUUCUUAGCAUUGGGCAACCUGAAGACAAUUUUUUGAAAUUGACUUCGAAAAAUUUGAAAUCGCUGCUAAAUUCCAUGUCUAUAUCCUUAGAUCCUAUGGAUUUUCAGAUACUUUGGCAAGAAAUUCAACAAAUUGAGCAGCGCAUAAAAAUUAUGCAAAUGGAUGAAGAGGAACAGUCGGAUGAUAUGUAUGUGAAAUUAAAAGAUUUAACAUUGCCCUGGCUGAGAAAAUAUCUCUCUAGACUUCUGAAUCAAUCAGUAUUGGAUGACAACAUUGAAGUUCAAAUCGUAAAUAUAAAUUAUUUAGUAUCCCUCGUCGACAAUCUGACAAAAGAUUUUAACAAUUUUCAAAUCUGUAAAUAUUUGGCGAUUCGAUUUUUAUGGCUUUUACAUCAGAAUACACCCACAAACUUCUCACACUGGGAAUGUGCAGAUAUGCUACACAGUCUUUUACCCUUGGCCAGCAAUUGGUUAUACCGGGAACAGCAUUCCCAAUUGACAUAUAUUGUACCAGAAAUGGAACAAAUCUUUCAGAAUAUUGUUCUGCAAUUUAAUCAGUCUUUAAAUGAGCAAAAAUCAUUUCUAAAUCCUAAAAGUUUCCAAUAUCUUUCGAAAAAAUUAUGGGCCAUCAAAUUAAAAAUCGGUAAUUUACCCGAAAUUCGCACAACGGAAUUCGUUGAACACUUCUAUGGCAAUAUCUCGUUGUCCUCCGAAGACUUCUAUGGAAAUCAUUUGAAAUUAUUGGACUUUGCAUUUUAUGCCACUCAUGUGAUUGUGCCAAACAUUCCACAAACAGAUUCUAUGCAAUAUUUUUACAUCUUCAGUCUCGAUGACAAUAUUCUCCCCUCACCAUAUUAUGACGUAGACCAGAAUAUAGUUGUUGUACCCUAUACAUCUUUACGUCCACCUAUAUAUCAUCGGAAUUUCGAGCAAGUAUACAAAUACAGUGCCCUCGGCUCGGCCAUUGGUCAUGAAAUAUUCCAUUGCUUUGACAAUACAGGCCUGCAAUUCGAUGCUACAGGUCUAAUAAAUACAGCGGAAUAUAAUCGUAUUUUGGAAACACCAAUAAUUGCAAAAAACAUAAAAUGUAUCAAUAAUCUGAAUCCUGCAUCUUUGGAUGAAAAAAUAGCAGAUAUAAGUGGUUUACGUUAUACCUAUAAGGCAUUUGUCAAGCAGUUUCCUAAAGCCCACACACAGACUCGACUUAUUCAUGGCAAAUCAAUGAAAUUAACCGAAAUAUUUUUCUUGAAUUUUGCUCAAUACUAUUGUGAUAUCGAAGGCAAUGAAGAUGACGAUAAUUAUGAUGAACAUGGUUUGGCCAGUGACCGGGUAAAUGAUGCUCUUGGUAAUUUAAUAGAAUUUUCUAAUGUAUAUAAUUGUACGCCUGCAAGUAAAAUGUAUGCCAUGGAACGAUGUCAAAUGUGGAGGCGUUGA